CAAACACUCAGAGCACUCAGUAACAUGGUGACCCUCAACUCCAAACUCAGCAAAACUCACCCCGAUCAUCUUCUUUCACCGGCUGCCUUGCACCUUUCAUUCCUCAUCAACACCACUUCAUCCCUUCCUCAGCACCAUCCACCCCUUAACCACAAACCCAAACCGCACAACGCAACCACUUCAACGACUUCAUCAUGCCUGGAAGACCCGGCGGCAGCACUGUCUGGGACAAGCCCGAGUUCCUCAUGGAGCUUGGAAUCGGCUUCUUUUCGGCCGCGCAGGCGAGCGGAGGUCUAAGCCAGGAGAUGCGGGAUGCCAUCAUCGACCACCUCGAGAAGCAGGGGUUCAACGUCACUUGGGAGGCGAUCCGGUGGGACGCCAACGUCCAUGAGGAUAUCCUCAUCUGUUUGUUUCAGCACAUCAAGCCGAGCACUCAGGAUUGGGUCAACGUUAUGCAGGACCUCCAGGCCAUGAAUUACACGUUUACUGAGUCUGCCCUUCGGUAUGGUCAUGUUUGA